CUCCAUCUGGUUCAGUAACAUCUAGCCCUGUUGAAACAAGCACUCGGUCUGGGACAUCCACAUUCCCUGACUCAUCCACACCCCAUCAGGUUGAUACUACUUCACAAUCUCAACAAACAUCACCUGCACAGUCUGGGACAACUGUAGCUGUAACAACUAGGAAGCCAUUCCAUUGUCACAAUGGUGGUACCUUUAAUGGAAUCAACUGCAUAUGUGUCCUUGGGUUUUCUGGUUCUUCAUGUGAAAUGGCGGAAGCAGUUGUGCCAGGUGCUUUUAAUCGGACAGUGAUCAUUAAUGUGGUGAUCAGGGAAAAUUACAUUCCAGAGUAUGACAACCCAUCAUCAAAUGAAUACAAAACAUUUGUAGGAGACUUUCUGAGUGAGAUGAAACCAAAAUACCAAGAGGUUCCAUUUUUCAAAGAUAUUAUUGUGACCGGGUUAAGCCGUGGAGGUCCUGCUUCAACAUUUGAUCACACUGCAGAGGAGAUAGGAGAAGUCAAAGCAAAGGCGUUCGACUUUAAAGAAAGCACAGACAAUGUAAAUGUCGCACAUGAUGUGGUUCUGGAAGUUAAUAACGGCAACCAUACAGGACAAUAUAAGGAGGGCUUUCAAAAGGUUGAAGAAGUUAUUGGAAAUCUGUUGGAGUCAGGUUAUGUCAUAACUUCCUCAACGGAGGAAACAGAUGUAGACGAGGAAGGUCUAUGUAAGAGAAUACUGCAGGACUCGGAUAUAGCUGAAUACUUCAGUAAUUUUACAUUAGAAAAUGGCACGAUUGUUUGUAGAAGCAGAUGUGACCCAGAACAUAAUGAGACUAUAGAGUGCCAUAAUAAGGGGACCUGCAGCAUCUUCAAAGGGUUGGGAGAGAUCUGCAUAUGUGAAAACGUGAACAGCAUCUGGUACUUGGGAGAAGAUUGUAGCUGGCCCAUACAGAAAGUUCCGUUUUAUGCAGGGCUAAGUGUGACCCUGGCUGUCUUGUUAGUUGCUGUGGUAACCCUGGUUGCAUAUGCUGUUGUCAACAAACAGAAACACACAAAAAAGAAAGACGUGAAGCAGAAAUUGGUGAACCAGUGGCUGGAUGAUGACUAUGAGUGGUCCAGAGCUGCAAGCCCAAUAGGCAAACAUGGAGCAAAAAAUGGAUCAGUUAUGUACGGGAACCAGCAGGCGCCUUUCACAUAUGGCAGCAAUCGGUUCAACCCGUCAGAACGCAUGUUUUCACUGCCGCAGAACCUGCACACACAUGACUCGUCCUUUCCUAAUCCUGGAUAUGGCACGCCUGCCUUUUCACCCUCACCCAACACGGAUUUCCGGUUCAAUCUGCCGAUGAGGAUUCUCAGGCCGGAGACCCGGGGAUCCUUAGAUGUCUAGGCUCAGCAUUGAUUGAUGAAGAAACUCCUACAUGAUUCUGUUUAUUUAUGUGUCUCUGUGGAUGUUUAGAUGCUAGAUUUUAGGUGUUUCUUCUAAAAACUCUUGCUUAGAUUUAAGUCUUUGUUGUUUUUGUUGAAAAGAUGACAGAUUUUUAGGUUCCCAUACCUGAAAUCCCAAACUUAUUUAACCUGUACAUCUCAAAGACUGAUUUAAUUGGUUUUUGUACCUUGGCAAAGGAAAUCUCACCAAAAAAAAUUGUUACUACACAAACUGGAACAUGUUUGACUAAUCAGCCAGUUUAAUGCUAACAAAGCCUUUGAACAAAGCAACCAGCUGAUCAGACAAAAGCAACAAAUCACUGAAGAUCUUGGAACUUGUUUCCAGUCUGCAGAGCCGUUCUAAUACAGAUACACACAAUAUCACAGAUGUGUGAUAUUGUGUGCAGCCAAUGUUAGAAAAAGCACACUAGUAAGUAUUAUUUCAGAAGAUGAGAAUGAAUAAAGUUCUUAUGCUUCAUGAUAUAUAUUAAACUGUAUAUGUUCACUUAUUUAAUGAGCAAAGUUCAUUCAGAAUCAGUAUCGAUGUGUUGGACCCACACCACAGGGUGCUCUGACCGUCCUCCAUACAAUUUGGGCCAGGAUCCUGGGUUUGUCCUUUAGUCCUAAGUUAUUCUUUAUUUUGUUUAGAUCAGCCUUUUACCUGUUUUACUUUAGUUUGAUCUGUUCUUAGUUAUUUUACCCAGAUCGUGUUAUUAAUUUAUUGUGUUUAGUUAUUCUUUGUCUCACUGAGAUUCAUAUUUUAAAGCUCCACUGUUUGUGUUUUCCUCCUCUGUGCCAUUUUCCUCACAUAAAUAUUUCCCUCAAUAUUUAACCACUGCUUUUUCUUCCAGGACUUGUUCACACACAGCCAGAUAUCUGAUAAACUCAAUAGACUUUUAUGCGAUUUGACUUUGCAUUAACAUGUAACUUACAUUUAAUAUCAUAAAAACUGUUAAUAAUAAAACCUCAAAAGUGAA